AUGUGGAUGCAUGGUUGUACAAGAUUCUUCAUGACUGCGUGGAACAUGAUUCAGGCAAAUCCAUUUGUACCAGGGGCUGUGCAUGGCAGUAUAGCGAAGCGUAAUGCAAAGGCCUCAAUGGUGAAGUUGGUGAAACACGAACUGCGAGUUCAAACACUGGCAGUGGGCGAUGGGGCAAAUGAUGUUAACAUGAUCCAAUGUGCCGAUGUAGGCGUGGGCAUCAGCGGUCAGGAGGGCAUGCAGGCAGCAAUGGCUUCGGACUUCGCUAUCACACAAUUCGCCUUCCUGAAACGCCUCCUCCUAGUACAUGGCCACUGGUGCUAUGAGAAGCUGGCGCGCAUGGCUCUCUAUAUGUUCUACAAGGACUCGGUCUACAUAUUCUCGUUGUUUUGGUUUCAAUUCUUCAACGGCUUCUCGGGCAGCGCACACAUCGACCAACUGGCACAGGUGCUCUUCAAUCUGACACUCACCAGCAUACCACCAUUCGUGUUGGGCGCUCUCGACAACUCCUUAGAUGAUCGAACCCUUAUGGCCAAUCCUAAACUUUACCGCAAUGGACGCGAUUCUAUGGUGAGCUUUGAAGACCUCACAAGUCAUGCAAGUCUGAAAGCAUCCCCAUUAUCUGCUAAUAUCACAGAUUCUACCUACAAGGCGUGGCACUUUUGGGUCAACACCCUGGAUGCAAUGUGGCAAUCUCUGGUGAUUUUCUUCCUCCCCUGCCUCGUAUUCAUCGGCACCAGCGCUAGCAUGAACGAACUCGGCACAACCUGCAUGAAUGCCCUCGUAUUCACCUCCCUGCUGCAUAUCGCCCUGGAAACGAAAUACUUUACUGUUAUUCAUGCAAUCGUGUACAUUGGAAGUUAUCUCGUCCUUUGGCUCUGCUUCAUUAUGGCCUACAACGCCCUUGGUGUAUCUCAAAUUGCUCCAGAUCCGCCCUAUUACAUCAUCUUCUUUCUGAUGAGGGAUUCUCGUUUCUGGCUCUGCAUGCUUAUCACCAGCAUAACUGCAAUUCUUCCUAGGCUAUUGUUAAACUCCACUUUAAACACCUUCGCACCGAGUUUGGAUACCCUGGCAGCACGACUGCAGGUGAAGCACGGAGUGGGUGUGACCCUGCCUAUCAGUCGUUACGUAGAGGAGCACGACACCUGUCAGCGCCGACACGGCGUGCGCCGUCAUCACGGCCUGCGAGUGGGUGAACCGAAUAAUAUUCGAUCGCGCAUCACCCAAUGGUUCACCUCAGCGGGUCGCCUGAUCCAGCGUAUGCCCACACUGCGUCGGCACAUUGACCAGCCCUCCGUGGUGCUGGUGCGUAAUGUCUCCCUUGUGUGGCCCCGACGUUCCUCCAAUCCCGAGUUGGUGGCUCACACCCUCCCUCGCGUCGGUUCUAGCACCUUUGUCUCACCCCGUGAUCUUCGCAGAUUCAGCACCUAUGAUGGUGGGAGGUUUUGCAAUGCUCAAGACUUUCCUCCGAAGUUCGUUUGUGUGCAGCCAGACUCGAUGAUUCAAUUAUGCUCAUCUUCAUUACUGGUAGUGCCAAUAACUCCUGUACGGAUUGGUUAUGGAAUGAGAUACGUGAAGGAGGGUGGAUUAGAGUAG